GUGCCUGAAAGAAUUCUGAUAUUACAUAUUAUCAACCAACAACCCAAACUCACGGUAAUCGUGCCGAUAUUAAUCUCAUUCCCAGUGUUCUCGCAAACCAAUUCCGAAGAUGUCAUUCUGGGAUAAGUUGACAGGGCGAAAGCCAUCAAAGGAUGCUUCUAGUGGCGGAUCAACAACCUCGAAUACACCAACAGACACAUUCACACCUACACCUUUUAACCCGCAAGAAGGGCAAGAUGUCAGCUCUUUUCUUACAGGGCCAGAACUCGUAGAUCCUUCACAACUCCAUCCUAUGGCAGGUCUGAAUCAGCAGACUUUAGAUUACCUAUCUCUCGAAGAAUCCACCCUCUCGGACCUUCCAGGAUCGCAGUCUGCUUUACCCUCUAGAGGCUGGUCAGACGAUUUGUGUUAUGGUACCGGUGUGACAUAUUUGACGGCGCUGACUGUGGGAGGUGCUUGGGGAUUACAAGAGGGUUUGAGGAGGUCUGCGACACAACCGCCAAAGUUGCGAUUGAACUCGGUGCUGAACGCUGUUACGAGACGUGGGCCAUUCUUGGGGAAUUCCGCAGGAGUAAUUGCUAUGGUUUACAAUGGUUUUAAUUCUUUUAUUGGACAUAUGAGGGGUAGACAUGACUCUGCGAAUAGUGUUCUAGCAGGUGCGCUCAGUGGGAUGAUCUUCAAAAGUACAAGAGGAGUUCGUCCCAUGAUGAUUUCCGGUGGAAUUGUGGCUUCUGUAGCCGGCGCAUGGGCAGUUGCAAGAAAAGCCGUAUUCUAAAUGACUAUAUAACGACAAAACCCCUCUUCCAUGACGAAACUCCGACCUUAUGAUUUCAAGAUCCGCACACCAGCGAACCUCCUCCAUUACUCUAAAUAGAACCAGGUUUCUUUAGCGUAUUAGCACAUAUUGAUUUGUGCUUUGUCAUUAUAAUAGAUUUUGUUAAUUGGCGCGGGUUGCAUUAGCGGGUUCAUCUCUCCUCUUUACCCCAGAAGGGCAAUAUGUAACAUAGAUGGGAAAGGUAUGGGGAGUAAUUCAGAGUCGUCGAAUUCUCAGAUCUGGUGCUGAUUUCUCGAGAAUGUUCAAGGUUGUAUUGGUUGCACCUUCCUCUUAUGAGAUGAACCUAGCUCACCAGAACCAUUCUUUACGGUGAAAAAAGCAACAGAAUCUACAAUUCACAGUAUUCAAACCACCUCAGGUACAGCUUUAUGCAUUCUCCCGUACUACAUAGUUAUAGCGGCUACUGCCGUAAUCAUAUUGUGCUCAAUCUUCUUCC